CGCUUGUAGUUGACUUUACACGUUUUUGUUUGUUCUUGAUAGCUGGCGUUUAAAAUUGGUUUUAAUUAAGUUAUAAAAGAGUUCCUGUGGUUGGCUUCAGAUCUGGGGACAGAUAUUUUUUUUAAAUAAACUUUUAUUCUUAAAGCCAUCUGAGCGAAAGUGAUUAUUCCUGCAAUUUGCUGACUUUAUAGUCAAGGACGAUGUUUCAUGUGAAUGGGAUGACUUACCACUGAUUCAGUGACCAACCGUAUUUCUUCAGUAAUGCCCUGUAUGGACAUCUCCUAAACUACACAUAGCAGCAUCUACAUUCGCUGCUGCUGUGGUCACAUCGGCAAAAUCAUGAUUGUCUGUACAGCCAUCAAAAAGGUUUCGCGAAAGUGCAAAUAUGCUGUUCUGAUUGGUCUCUUGUUGUCAGUCCUGGCUUGGAAGGCCAGCUUUACUGGGGACACUAACAAGACCAUUGAUGAUAACUUUGCUAUAACACAAACAGAAGAAGACAAACUGAGGGAUGAACUUAACUCAAGGAUCGCAGAAGCCAGUCACACAAAUAUUUCAGCAGAAAAAGAUGAGUGUCCAGAGAAGUCUCCAUUGCUAGUGGGAGCUUCGAAGCUGACCUUUGAAUCUUCACUGAACCUCAAGGAUGUAGAAAAGGAAAACAAAGUAGUGACUAAAGGAGAGUACGAGCCGUCAGACUGUAAAGCAAGGCACAGCGUAGCCAUCCUCAUUCCACAUCGUAACCGGGAGAGACACCUCCUCUACCUCCUGCACCACCUGCACCCCUUUCUGCAGCGGCAGCAGCUACACUACGCCAUCUAUGUCAUCCAUCAGGCGGGUGAUGCAACUUUUAACAGAGCCAAGUUACUUAAUGUUGGAUAUUUGGAGGCAAUAAAAGACUUUAGCUGGGAAUGCUUCAUCUUCCAUGAUGUGGACCUGGUUCCCGAGAAUGAUCACAAUUUAUACAUCUGUGACCAGCAGCCCAGACACCUGGUAGUCGGCCGCAAUGUCACCGGAUACAAACUCCGUUACAAAGGCUACUUUGGUGGAGUCACUGCCAUGACCAAAGACCAGUUUUUUCAAGUAAAUGGUUUCUCAAACAACUACUGGGGAUGGGGUGGAGAAGAUGAUGACCUUAGAGUGAGAGUUGAACAGCAAAAAAUGAAAAUUGUACGUCCCCCUGCUAACGUAGCGCGCUAUACCAUGGUGUUUCACAAACGAGACUCUGGAAAUCAGGUUAACAAAAACAGGAUGAGGUUAUUAAGACAAACGACAAAGAUGUGGAGAGUUGAUGGACUCAACAGCUGCUUAUAUGACACUUUAUCGGUCGGGAGGUAUCCUCUCUAUGUGAAUAUCACAGUUAACAUUGGUCAGCCUCAGAGCUGAGGACUCUGAAAGAAAACAAGUCCUUGUCCUGAUAUCAUUUCCAGUUCGGGCCACAUCAAGAUUCUGAAUUUCCUCAAAGGGCCGGAUGUGGCAGAAUUUAUUAAUAGAACUACCUAUUAACAAAACAAUUUAAAUAAUCUGGCUUGACAUGAUGCCAAGGCACAUUGCGACCGCCAAUAGGUCAGUUGCUGACAAGCCCACUGGAUGUAGGGUAAUGUCAGUACUUUUUAAAUUUAAUUCAUAUACAACAAUUCUUCACAUUGAUGUACUUUGGCACUAAAAACUAAUUUGGUUUGACUGGUAAAAUAAUAUUUAAGCACACAACCAGUAUCUUGAAGUUGUAUUUAUGUUGCCCUAUAGAGACACGAGAGCCACAUAAACAGAUGUGGCGGGCCAGAUUUGGCCCCCGGGCCUUGAGUUUGACACCCAUUAUUUUCUAUGAGGUCGAGACCACUGUGUGCUGAAAGGUUAUUAGAUAACUGACAAACUAAAUUCUCUUUGGUGAGAUGAUAUUCCAGAUAUUUAGCACAGUUUUGCAUAUCCAUGUUUUAUUUCUUUAUGUUGUUAGGAAUGUAAUCUUCAAACACUGAAUUGUUAACUUCAGCUGUCAUUCCAGUAGUUUUUUAAUAUUUUUUGUAUACCAUUGUUACCUGUCAGACGCUGAUUAAUUCACACUCAUGCCUUAUUUUUUGCCUGUCUCUCCACCACCUCAUACUGACCAGGUCCUUGUUUUGGCACCUGAGAAGCAAUGAUUGGUUGUUGUAUGACUUAACAAAGUCAUAAUCUGUUGAUCUUGUAAUGUGAUACUGAACAGGUUCCAGGAUGCAGGUUUUCUUAGAGAGAGAGAUUACAUAGUGAGGCCAGCAGAGGUAAACAUUGCCUAACAAUGUCUUAGGAAGGAGGAAUUUAUACUAUUAAUCUUUUGCACAUAAAGUACCUCAAAUGUAAGCGGAUCGUUCGCAGUGAUAAGCAAAGGUAAGAAUACCUUUGAAUCUUUUUUUUAAAUUUUCUCAAGUGAUAAGCACAAAGUUGAGAGAUUUUUGGGAGGAUUUUUUUGUGAUGGAACAACACAAAAUCAUGCAUUUUUCAGAAGUGGAAUGAUUGGCAAACUAUUUUGCAAAUUGUGUAAUAACAUUUAUAUUCCCUGCAUAAUUACUUGGUCAAACAACACUUUUGCUGAGAUUGGAGCUUAAAGAUUUCCUGUCUCUGCUCUACAGAAAAUGUAAUUUUUUUAAUGUAAAAUAGUUGCAGUUCACUCAGGUUGGAUGGAGAGAGUUGGUGAACAUCAGUUAUCAAGUAUUGCCACAGAUUCUCAAUUAGCAACCCAUAUGUGUUUAUAGCUGCAUAUUUAUUGGGUCGUUCUUCUGCUGGAAGCAAAUUCUCCAUCCCAGACUCAAGCCUUUUGUAGCUUCUUAAUACAUUUUCCUUUCACUUGCUAUGUAUUUAGCUCCUCCCAUCUUCCUAUCAACGCUGUGUUGAAGAAAGGCAUUCCUAGAACAUGAUAUGCCUUCAAGCAGUUUUCAGUAUAGGAACGGUGUGACCAGUCCAACUCCAGUCCUCAAGGGCCAAUGUCCUACAUAAAUCACAUUCUGCAGAAGCUUUGCUAAUGACCGCCGUCAAAACACUGUCUGUGAUCAACUCCGUCGGCUCUUUUGUCUCCACUGCCUUUUAUUAUGUUUACAAGGAAGGAGGUUGGGCUUUUUCACAUAGUCACACAAAGAACUGACCAAUGACCUUUACUACAGGAUGUUCUGGAACCUUCUGUGGACAUAAGUUUUCUAACAGUAUCAAUACAUUUGCAAGGCCCUGUGUUUGAAAGCUUUUUAAUUCCAGAUUGAUCACAUCAUAUCUCCAGCAGAAUCAGUUUAUAUUACUGAUGAAUCACUAUUUAGUUUUAUUGGAAAUAGUACAGGUCUGAGGAAACCCAUUAGGUUGUUCAGAGCCCAUCCAACUGAUGAAGAUCUAACUAUGAUCACCUUGGUUACACAUGAAGGAUUCAGAUUUGUAUCAGUCUGACAGCAAAUGACAAACAAAACCUCUUCUUCCAAGAUGGAGAAAACAAACAUAUGCUACAAAUACAGUAAUAUCAAUAUACUGUGGUUAGUAUGAAGUCAGAAAUGCAGUUAUACCUGGUAUGAUGGUUUUAAGUGGUAGAUUUGUUCCUUUUUUAAGGUAGUCUCAUACUGACACUGAUGUUUUUUACUUUGAAAUUUUGUCUCAUACUUAUGGUAUAAUUUAAGGUUACAAUGACAUUGUCAAUGACAUUUUAUCACUCCAAAGUCAUUUUUAGUUAUAUUUAUACUUCUCUUGCAUUAGUAAAAUAAAUCUGCUUUAGUAACUUAAGUGAUAAUUACAUUCAUAGGAAGUUUCUAUAAGAAGCAAGUUUAAUGAGCCAAAAUAAUUUUCUUUGUAAAACUAUUAUUUUCUUUGUUAUUUUAAAGCCUUAUAUGCUUUGUUUCGUGUGGGACUUACUAAUAGGUGAUGGAUUGUAUACCACUUUUAACUUUUAAAGAAAAUCAACAUUAUAGAAAAUUGCUGAAGGAAAAUUAGCAUAUUUGCUUCUAUUGUAGCAUGUUUCUGACAUAUAUCAAGUUAUUUGAAGGAUUUUUUAAUUAUUAUUUUUAUAUCAUUUUAGAACAUGGGAUGCUUUCAAAUUCCUUUUUCGAAACUGAAAAGUGUGCCCAUGUCACCUUGACAAUUCACUCCUUGUAUGUUUUUGUGUCAGAGUCAUGUGUCAGAAUUGCCAAAGGUUGCUUCUCAUUAAGGAAGCAUUUAUGUAUGAGAAACAAUUUUGCACACCUCAUUAAUUGGCAGUAUACUGUAGUACUAGUACAACAUAUUUUAAACAUUUAAUGUGUUUUUUUAUCUCUCCUUAAUGAAUGACAUUAUUUUUUGGGUGGUAGAAUGAAUGUGUAGACCGGUAAAGAAAAGCAUUUACUUUUAAAACAACUUUGCUGACAUUUUAAAGUUUAAAAUAAUGCUAUUUGAACUCUUGAAGAAUGUCACUUGACCAAUUUUAUUUUCAAAGCUUUUUUGGGUGGAUGUGUCAAAAGUGAGAUUGUUUUGUUGAGCCUUUUUGUUUUUGUAUCUUUAGGUUUUUACAAGCUUAUAAUAAAAAUAGUUUCUCUAAUUGAUUCUACUGAUGUUUUUUGUUGUUGGUGCUUUAUUAAAGAGUUCUAAAACUG